UAUUAAAGUUUAUACAUUUUUGUUUUAGAGUCACUUUUGCAUGAAAAAGUCAUUACAGAUUUACAUAAAUUCAUGCCACCGACACAUAAAUAUCCAUGUUUUCUCACAAAAUGAAUAAACUUUACAUUUUAAAAUACGAGUGUUCGUUCUUUGCUUCUUCAGAACAAAACAGAAGUCAUCUUCAUUUUCCGAUUUCAUUAAACUUCUUGCAAUUGAAUUUUUUUUCUUUGUCACUUAUUUCUUCUUUUCUUUAUGGAGUUCAUAAGCAAUAUGCUUACGCUUGCGCAGAUAUCUUACUCUCAGGUCAAGGAGAACUGUGGGAUAUAUGACGAUCAUAAUGAAGCGGAAUUGAGCCAUGUUUAUGUAGCAAUGCAAUAAGGUUUAACAAAAAUAAACAUGUGUUGUUUCAUAUGUUGUGCUGUUGGUAAACACAGUAUGAAUUUAACUCAUUUAAGUUAAAUUAUACCUAAUCAUUUGCAUGCGGUAGGCAGAAAUGCCGCAUUUCACGGGAACAUUAAAGUUGAAGAUCUGUGAAGCAGAGGAUUUACGACCAACUGAAUUUGCUACAAGACAUGCAAAUGUUGUAGGAAAACAACAGCCUAUGCUAAUUGAUCCUUAUGUUGCUGUGGAUGUAGAUGAAAUACACGUAGAUCGAUCAUCCACGAAACAAAAAACAUUUAAACCGGUGUGGAAUGAAUUUUUUAGCACUGAGGUUCAUAAUGUACAAAAUUUGGGUUUAACAGUUUUCCAUGAUGCUGCAAUUCCACCUGAUGAUUUUGUAGCUAAUUGUAACAUUUCUUUCGAUGAGCUUUUGAAUUCAGCGAAAGAAUCUGGAAAACGUGAAUCUGACGUUUGGAUUGAUUUGGAGCCUGGAGGAAAAAUUCAUGUUGUGAUUGAACUUAUUCCACAAGAAAAUGCAUCUGAAAAGCCUAAAGUUUUUAAAGAAAGGCAAGGUCUUAAUAGGCGUAGAGGAGCUAUGCGACGGCGUGUUCAUCAAGUCAAUGGCCAUAAGUUUAUGGCUACCAUCCUUAGGCAACCUACGUUUUGUUCACAUUGUAGAGAAUUUAUAUGGGGACUUGGGAAACAAGGGUAUCAAUGUCAAGUAUGCACAUGUGUUGUACACAAACGCUGCCAUGAAUUUGUUGUUACAAAGUGUCCUGGCUCACGUGAUGCUACUGCUGAUGAAGUUGCUGGUGGUGGUGGUAGCAGAUUUAACAUAAACAUCCCUCAUCGUUUCACUGUUCAUAACUAUAAAAGACCCACAUUUUGUGAUCAUUGUGGCUCUAUGUUGUAUGGAUUGUUUAGACAAGGGUUGCAAUGUGAAGCUUGCAAUAUGAAUGUCCAUAAGCGUUGUCAAAAAAAUGUUGCAAAUAAUUGUGGUAUAAAUCCAAAACAAAUGGCUGAAAUCUUGAGUGCUCUAGGUAUAUCAAGUGACAAAUUAGGAAAGCCUGCUUGCCGAAAGAAAAAGCCUUCUGUAAAUGAAUCCCCAAAUAAAUUAGGGCAGUUAAUAUCAGAAAGAUCACAUACCUCUCCUCUUCCUACAGAUCUAGACUCCCAAGGGGAGGAUUCUUCUGGGAAAUAUGGUGAUGUGAUUGGCAAGUUUCAAAGCUUUUUCCCAGGUAAUAGAGCUGGUGAAAGUGAUAAGGAUCGACCUAAACGGUUGGGUUUGGAUGAUUUUAUCUUUAUAAAAGUCUUAGGGAAAGGAAGUUUUUGGAAGGUAUUACUAGCAGAAAAGAAAGGCUCAGAUGAAGUUUAUGCUGUUAAACUUUUGCGCAUUCAUCAGAUGGUUCACAAAAAGUAA